AGCAAUGCCAAGUUAUAUUUCAGUCCAGCCAAUUCAAUAGGACGUUUGUUAGGAUUUAGUGAUAAAUGAGUUGUAGAAGCCAAUAAGGAGGCUAAAGGUGAUUUACAGUACAAAUCAAAAGACCUAAUGUACUGCUUAUAAAGUGUAACAUUGUGGGUGGAUCCUAUUCGAAUGAGUUCAAGGAUCAUGUGAUCUACAAGUUUUACCCAGAUGUUGAUCCAAGGGUAUUAAAUGAUUGUAACUGUGCAGAAUGUGAUCUAUUUACCUGUCGAUGUCAAGCAGAUUGCUAGUAUUCCAUUGGAGGUCGUUGAUGAGAACGGACAUCUGAUAAAUAAUAGAGGUGAGGAGAUUAAUAUUACUCUGCAUUUGAGGCAGUGUAAGUUAGAUGAUGCUAUUAUUCUCAAAGUGGAAUAGGGGAUUGGAUGAAGAGGUGGCAAUGUCUCCCAUGGAGGGCAGUCCAGAACCUGGAAAAAUAGAUAAAAGGAGUGCAAAUGCAAAACAUGUCAUUUGACAUUCAACCUCUGUGAGGUUAACAUCAAGAAGCAUCAACUAUCUAAAGGGAAGAGGCUGUGAAGUGAGACAACAUUAGCAAUGGGAGUUUUGGAUGUGACAAGGAAUAAGCCUUCAUUGGACACCAGUAUCAUUGGCUAUGAGUACCACUCUCAUGCCUCCUAUACCACAAGCUUCAAUGCCUAUGAUGAAUUGAGGAUACCAAUCCAGCAACAGGACAUUUACACACUGUCAUUCAAGAGCUAUCUACAUCUGGAGUAUACAGGGCUUGGAGCUUCCAACGCUGCUGUGGCUGGAACACCAUGUGUCUCUGGAUUCUUUGCCAAUCUGUUUUCAGAGAUACGUUAUGAAAUCAAUGGUGUGGAGGUGGACAGCAUACAUAAUCCAGGUAUCACCAGUCUGAUGAAGAAUGCUAUGACAUUUGAGCGAGAUGAACGCAACAAGAUGGAAGCGGCCAGCUACAAGUUUAGCUCAACCACUGGUUUUGCCAAUUUUUCUGCGGAUAGUACAAAAAUGGAUGUUCCUCUACGAUACCUGCUGGGCUUUGCCAGAGACUAUAGACAGAUUCUGCUGAAUGUGAAACAAGAGCUGGUGUUGAGAUGUAGCCCUAAUUUCAAUGACUGUGUGAGUGUUGCUGGUGCUAAUGUUACAAUCACAAAGCUUUUUUGGAUAAUGCCAUAUUUAGAAGUGGCUGAUGAUCAAUAUCAGCUGGGAACUCUAUGAUGAUGAAUGGUUGACCACAUGGUUUCUGUUAUCACUGUAAUUCCAACUAGGUACUGUAAAACUUGGCAAUUGUUACA